CAAAAACACCAGUGAAAAUAUUUUUAUAAAACUUUUUUUUCUGUUUCUGAAUUAAGCCGUGAUAUUCGCAUUUCUGGAACUUGUUGUAUCUACAAUUGUUAAUUGGCUUACAUUGAUCCAUAAAUUACAAAAUUACUUUACUUUUACUGCAAGAAAAGAAUAAGUGAACUAAUCCACCAGUUGCGCAUAUCAAAAAUCAAUCAUCACAUAAAUUAAUUAGUUACUAGUUAUAUCUACAACGUAUUGCAUUUUUCUAACGGUUUUAAGAGUGCACAUCGUUUUGGUUAUCGUCUCAUAACCGUGGUGUUAAUUCGCCACAACAUCGCUGACACGCAACAUGUCGUCGAAACCUGGAACGUCGUCGGGUUCUUCUGCCCCUGUAGGAAAAGAAGUUGAAUUUCAGGAAUUUUAUACAGAGGUGAAACAAAUAGAAAAGCGUGACUCGGUUCUCACUCCUGUACAGCAAAUAGAACGACUUCUAAGGGCUGGAUCCACCUAUUUUAAUUUGAACCCGUUUGAAGUUUUAAACGUCGACCCUGACCAACCACUUGAUGAAAUAAGAACAAAGUACAAGCGUUUAUCCAUAUUGGUUCAUCCUGAUAAAAACAUGGAUGACAGGGAAAGGGCACAGUUAGCUUUCGAAGCCGUCAACAAAGCUUGGAAGACGCUAGAAAAUGAGGAAACUAGGCAAAAGUGUAUGGAUAUUAUAGAGGAGGCGAAAGCAAGAACUGAUAUUAAUGUACAAGAGAAGAAGAAAAAAUUGAAAAAGGAAGGCAAAUCUACAAGAGUUGAGGAAGAUGAUCCUGAAAAAUUAAAGCAUGCGGUUUAUGUACUAACAAUGAAAUUAUUUGCUGAUUUAGAACGGAAGAAACGAACUCAAGAACAGCGUGACAUGGAAGACCGUAAGAGAAAGCGAGAAGAUGAAAUUGAGCAGGAAGAGAAAUCAAAGUUUGAGAAGGAGUGGUUAAAAAAUUAUGAGGACUCAAGAGAAGGAAGAGUAGCAUCCUGGAAAAAUUUCCAGACAGGAGCCUCGAAAAAGAAGGAAAAGAAAGAACAAGCGGUAGAUAAGCCUGCGAAAAAAAUUAAAGUGUUUCGACCACCCAAACAUAAACCGGAAUCCAAAUAAGUUGAUUCCUAAGUAAUAAUGUAAAUUUUAGUUUUAAGAUGUAGAUAAGUAUUUGUCACCUGUUAAGAACAGGAAGUGUAACAUGUCAUUUAUUUGUUAUUUGUUUUAUUGAAUUACUGAAGUAGCGAAAUAAUGUGUAUUGCAAAAAUUUUGCAAACAAUCGUAAUUUCGAUAUAUGUCUAGAAAUCUGGUUUAGUUAUUAUUCUUCUAUUUAUUACCAAAAUCUGAAAUAAAUUUUGUCAGAAUCAUGUUUUAUUAAGUAUCCAGUA